AUGCAUACUCUCCCAUCCCCAAAGGGUGUAGCCCCCACUACGGGAUCGCGACGGCAGGACGAGGUGGCGGACCCAAAGCCGUCAGGCAGUGAUCUGGGCAAUGCAACAUUAGCGAGCCAGCCAACAAGUGUGAAACGGCGGGACUUGGGCCUGACAAAAGAAGACACGGAGGAUGGCCUGGAUGAAUCUCAGCCCAGUCAAGACCAAGGCUGGGAGAAACACCCAGUAGCUAAGAAGAAACGCGUCCGCGCAGAGCUCAAUGCCUUCAGUGGAGAACAUGCCCCAUCUGCUCAUCCAACUGGUCUUGCUGGGCAGGAGUUGGCUGUUGGCAGUUUGUCUGGAGCGGGGUUGCAAGAGGUCCGCCGUGCCCGUAAAGAGUUGGAUGGUAUUGAAGCUGGCAAAGAUCAUGGGUCUCAAGAGCUGCAUCAACAUCUGGUUGGACUCGCAGGUGGGGUUCAUGUCAAACACACAGGCCCAUACCAUCCUUGA